GCGAGCAGGGUCCUCAAGUUGAGUCGCUGGUCGUGUGAUGGGGAAAAGUGAGUAAGCCGGGCUGCACUGCCAGGAGAGACCCAGUGGCGGUCAUGGAGCCGAGCCCGGCCGUGGUGUGGACCUGCCUGCUGGUGGCCGGACUCGCUCUGGCCUUUCCUCCAGCCUUCUCCGUUACGACCUCCAAGGCUGACCCCCGACCCCCACGCCUGAUUGGCUGUGUGUUCCUGAAUCGAGCUAACGUAACAUGCCGCUGGGAGGCUGGAGACACGCCAACGACAGACUUCACUCUUCAAGUUCAUUUGGUUUUUAAUAUGAGCUGCAGACCACAGACCAGCUUCUCACCAAACUACCCAGCAUCUUUCCUCAAGCUAUCUGCGAAGGAGUUCACCUGCAACACAUCUAACACCAGCUGCACGGCACGUUUCGUAGACACAUCAGUGAGAAACUGCUUUUGCAUCACCAUCACAGCACACGGGCGCAACAGGAGCAUAAUGUCCCAACCUCGGUGUCAGUCUGGUAAAACUGAAGUAAUGUUGCCUCCAGCAAUUUUGAACAGCAUAAAGCCAGUCGGCGGGAGUCCUCAGUGUCUGAACGUAACCUGGAGCUACUUCUAUUCGCUCUUUCCUCUGGCUGACUUUGAAAUCAAAGCUGGAGCCCUGAAAUCCCAGAUCAAGUUCACAGCCCAGGGCCAGUUUGGUGUGCAGAUCCAAAACGUGAAUGUCACGGGCAUCAACUUCCUGGUUUGUCUCUUCAGGCCUGACACAUCAUACAAUGUCUGGCUCCGUCACCGCUACAGAGGCCCAGAGAGUCCAUGGAGCCUGUGGAGCAACACCUGUCAGGGAAGAACAGGAGAGGACGCUCCAUCUGAAGCACCAGCUUUCUGGAGGCAAGUGAAACAAACAGACGAGAAUGGUUGGAGACUCGUCUCACUGCUCUGGAAGCCCUUGCCUAGCCUUCUAGCCAAUGGCAGAGUUCUCUACUUCAAUGUGACCUGUCAGACAGGAAGCGCCCAGGUCCUGAACGAUCACAUGAGCUGCAGAAAUUUGCACCAUACGAGUACUUCCUGUAGCUUGCUCCUGCCUGCUGGACAAUGCUCCUGUGCUCUGACGGCCUCCACCUCUGCAGGGACUUCGCCAGAAGCCAGAGUAUGGCUCAGUGGAGCUUCAGAGACAGAGCCACCACCCCCAAACCAAUUCACUGCAAAUCCACUGGAUGACAGGGCCUUGGAUGUUCGUUGGACGGCUCCAGACAACAGCGGCUUUGUUGUGGAGUGGUUUGCUGUCAGACAGAAAAACAGCAGCAUCCUAUUCUGGGAAAAGCUGAAUAGUUCCUGUAGAGCACUGAUCAUCACAGAGGGAAUAAAGCCGAUGGAGCGUUAUGCUGUGUCUGUCAAAGGGCUGUUUGGUGAGAGAGGGGCGGGGCAGAACCGGACCGUUCACAUUUAUACACGCCAAGGAGCGCCCUCAGAUGGCCCUAAAGUGGCAGUGCAGCAGAUCUCCGGCAGCAGAGUGGAGCUCAUUUGGAGUCCUGUUCCUGUGGAGCUGCUUCAUGGUUUCAUCCGCAACUACACAAUCUUCUACAGAACAGAAAACCAGCAAGCCGGGGUGAUUGUGCCUGGUCGAGCUCUCCGUUACUCUCUGGAGAAUAUGUCUCCUGGUAACUACGACAUCUUCAUGCAGGCCAACACCGACGCUGGAGCCGGAGCAGCCGGGCCCAUUGCUAAUGUGAACAUAGGCUCAGAGGAAAUCUCAAUGGUGGUGUAUGCCAUCCUUCCUCUCAUUCUGACUUCACUGGCGGUGGUGCUAAUGGGCCUGGCACAGAAUAAAAUGGUGAAACAGAAGCUGUGUCCAGACAUUCCUGAUCCUUCCCAAAGCAGCAUUGCGCACUGGACCACAAAAAUCCCUUUGGAGAGCAUGAAGUGGCCCGCAAUCGCCGAGAGAACAGAAAUCAAAUACUCUGAAGUGAUUUUGCUUGGUAAAAGUGAGCUGCGGAACAUCGACCCAGAUCUGGACCAGAGCUAUCAAAGUAACCUCCAAACAUGUUCCUCUUACUGCUACUCUCCGCUCCCAGUUUCAGGGGCUGAAACGCCUCAAAAUACCCGAAAAUCUGAGAAGAGGUGCGUCAAAAGCUCAACUUGUGCCCAGAUGACCUCCAACACUGAUCUCUCCUCCAGCCCCUCCAUCUACUCCAAUGUCCUCUCUUCUGAAUCGUUGAAAAGUUCCCCUACACCUUGCACUGCCUACCUCCAAUCCAAUGACUGGCAGCAGAGCACUGUCAAUGACGUUAGGCUCAAGCUAGGUGGAGACAGUGAGCCGUCUGUGUCUCAGCAAUGCAGGAACGCCACCACAUCUGAUUCACCUCUCUCACAAAAAGAUGAACUGAAACGCUUCCGUCUUUUUCUGAGACAACAUCAAAGUCCUGUCUCCUCUUCUGACUUUAGCAGCAUCUGUCAUUCCUCCGUCCUGCUUUCUCACCCAGCUGAGGUCCCGUCACUGCAACACACUUUUUCUCAAAGCCUCAAUAACUCGGUCUCUUCGCUGCAGCCCGACACCUUCACUGGCCCCUGUGAUACUUUUACUCAGACGUUUUCACCUUUUCCUCUCUCUGUUUUGAUGGAUUUCUCUCUCAGUCCUAUAGAGUGUGAUCCUUACAUCUCCCCUGCUGUUUAGUUUCAUGCCAGGGAAAUAACAAAUGUGUUUGUUUUAUUACAGUGUCCAUAAAAAAAUAUGCACACCCCCUUUGUCUUUUUAUUAAAGCUUUUAGUUUUUCUUUACAACACAUUCCAUUUGUAAAAAUGUUAUUCUUUUUUCUUUAAUUGUCUAUCAGAAACAAAUUUCAUGAUUGUUUUAAAUCAGUCUGAUCUGUUUUUUAAUGCUGAGUAGACAACAAAAAGGAAUAUUUUUUGUAGUUUUGAAUAGUUUUGGGAAAUACUCCUAAUUUCUUGCUUGCUGAGUGAUAUAAGAGAUCAUUUUUGGGGCAUUAUUUUCUUACACUAGCUGUUUCCCACUUCUUCCAGUCUUUAUGCUAAGCUAAGCUGAUCAGCAGCCGUGUAGCCUCGUAUUAACUGUACAGUCAUGACAGUGGUGUCGAUCUCUUCAUGUUACUCUAUUUAUAAGAAAGCCAAUAAGCAUGUUUCCCAAAACAUCAAACUAUUACUUUAUUUGCACUACUUAGUUUUCAUUUGACAAGACAAAACAUGAAAAAAUCCAAGGGGGUGGAAUAAUUUUUAUGGACACUGUAUAAUUUGUGAUUGACUUUUGAUAUUUUUCUACAUGUGUGAUCCUCUGUGACUGUUUUAUAAUGUGUUUUUGACAAUGUGCUACUAUACAAGGCUGAUACAUAUUGAAUGUUUGAAUGUUUGAGCAAUGACUUACUGAAUAUAAUUGCUGAGAAAUGUAAAGAACACAAAACGCUGCUUGCAACACCGUCUUCUGUACAUAUUGUAUAUACUGCUGUUUGGGAGUGCUUAUAUUAUUUUUCUUUAUUCGGUGUACAUUUAUUUAUGAAUGAGCUUUUAUACAUACGACCUAUUUAAGAUAUUCCUGACCGUUAACAGCAUCUCUUCUCCUGCUGUGUACUUUAUAUCCAUCAUAUAAUCAUGCUGGUCAGUUUCUCCUGGUGGCAGCUGUUUCUCUUUGUUGGUGCUGUUUUUCUCGACUUUUCCCCUCAAUAUACUACAUAUUUUUUCUGUUACAUACUUGCAAUGUGACUUUUAGAGUAUCGUUAGUUUCCUUGUGUUGCUUUUAAAACUCACAUAUCUGAAAUUCAGACCACUUUUAUAGCUGCUGACUGGAAUUCAACCUUACAAUGAGCCAUCGUUUGUACCAGUGUUUAGAACUGAUUACUUAAGAAAUUAGGUGCUUUUAAGUUUAUGUUAUCGGUACAGGAUGUCUGUGCAUUCAAAUGUACAGUCAAUGUAUGAGCCAACAUUUCCACAUUCAAACAGAACAUAUGUUGUGUGUGAGAGUUUGGAUUCAUAACUUAGUUAUCCUGCAUAAGUUGUGUUUUCAGUCGAGCAGAUAUCCAUUAAACUUGAAAGUUUGUUUGUAGCCCUUUUUUUAUG